UGAACAAGAACAAUAUAUUAUUCCAAAUGAGCAAGAUGUUUCAAAUGAACAAUAUAUGAUUUCAAGUGGAAAUGAUAUGUUUCUGAGUGAUGUUGGUAACAGUAAUUAUACUGGGACUGGUGUCUCUACAAAAUCUACCGUGAGUUCCUUUAUGAAACAUAGGCAGCUACCAGAAAAUUGGAUACAACAAACUUCCGAAGCUGAUAAUACAUAUUAUUAUUUCAAUACGGUAACUCAAGAGAUGAGAUGGACUUAUCCUGGUGAUGAAUUCACUCCUGGAAAUGAGCAAGAACAUGAUACAAGAUCUAUAACUAUACCAAAUAACAUUGUACCUAAAUACACGGGACCAGAUAUUCGAUGCGUUGUGGCAUAUGACGAGAAUUUGCAACUUGUAGCCUGGGGAUACCCGGCCUUGGCCCAAGAACCUCCAAAAAAAAAAAAAAAGUUAGCUAAACCGCAGCCUAAACCGGUAGAAUUAUUCAUGUUACACCUCGCCAAUAUAAAGGAGGAAGACAAACCACCCCUUCCACCAGGCUUAGAUGCAAAAAGAGCCAUUACCGAUUAUUUACAUGAAAUGAAUAAACUCAUUUUAGAAACAUUAAAUAGUCGAUGGCCAGAUCUUACAACAAGAACUUUAUUACCUGGCAUGAAAAUUGGUGAAAUUACCGAACGUAGUGGUGAUCUAUGUGGCAGUUCUUCUGUUGACCGUGAAUUCCUAAAAUUUCUUGGUCGAAAAUUAGGAUUCGCUGCAAUGAAAAAACUAAAAGAAAAUUACUAUGAACAAAUGCAAUAUUUGGUCCAACAAUUUUGUUCAAGAGCAAAAUUUUCAUUUAACGGAAAUCCUAACGAAUAUACUCCAAAGGAAUUGGAUAUUGAACGUAUAUGCCCUGCAUUGAUGCAGUAUGUUACCGGUCAGGUCAGAGAACAAAUGGAAGAGGCUGAAUGGUUGAUUGAUUUAGACUUUCAAACAGUGAAAGAUAUGUUUGAUCCAGUUGUUAAAAAGAUUAUCGAUUUGAUUCAAAGGCAAUGUGCGUCGACCGAACGUAGAUAUGCAGCUAUGUUUUUAGUAGGAGGAUUUAGUGAAAGUCAAUACUUGCAAACUCAAAUUCGUCGACAAUUUGCGACACAAAUCCCAAUUAUUGCAGUUCCUAAACAUCCCAUAGCAGGUGCUGUAGAAUAUGGUUUAAAUCUGGAUAUUGUUCAAACUCGAGUUUUAAAAUUCUGUUACGGUGUAGAAGUUAGCGUAAAAUGGGAUAAGUCAGAUCCACCAGAACGUCGUACACCCUCUGGCC